AGUUCAAUGUCUGCCUUGAUCUAGGGGGAAAUUCUUGCCCUGCUUCAGGAGGCUGAUGGUACAAGAAAUACAUUGGUGGCUGAACAUGAGACCGAGUGAGUGAUUCACUGUGGGAGGGGCAGUGUUGAGGUAGUGCCGCACUCUCAGAGGGGCAGCAACAAGGCUGCAAAGUUGGUGAUCUCAUUUAGGUAGGAAAUUGGUCCAAAACGCAUUGAGUGAGUGAACAGGUGCGUAUUCACAAUCAUCCCAGCUAUUAUUUUGCCGGGGUCAUGAUUAUGUAAUAAACAGGUUAUGUAGUUGCUUCUUUACAAUGCUAACUCUACAUUCUUUUGACUUUAAGUCUUUUGUGGCAGUCUGGGAAUAAUAAAAUCUCUAAAGGAGCUGCAACAUAAUCAGAAAGUGCUGGAAAUACACAGCCGCGCAGGCAGUGUUUCUCAAAGUUGUGAAUUUGUGGAAUUCUCUGCCACAGAAGGCAGUGGAGGACAAUUCACCGAUGUUUUCAAGAGAGAAUUAGAUUUAGCUCUGAGGGUUAACGGAAUCAAGGGAUAUGGGGAAAAAGCAGGAACAGGAUACUGAUUUUAGAUGAUCAACCAUGAUCAUAUUGAAUGGCUCAAAGGGCCGAAUGGCCUACUCCUGCACUUAUUUUCUAUGUAACUAUUGACAUUGAUGGAAGGUUAUUGAUCAGCACUGUUGGUUGCUCCUCUAUCUGUUGAUGGGGCUUUGCUUGUCAAUCAUCUCCAGCAUCUCCUGGGUUUCAUUCUGAUUUGCAGCAUCUGCAGUAUUUUAUUUUCCUAUGGAUAUCCACAGACCCUGUUGCCCACACUGUGCUCUUCUGGCUGUGGUUGGUUCCUCCUGCAGAUGUCAAUACUGGGUUGCAGUGUGUCGUGACCUCACACACAUUCUUUGGAGUAACUCAACGGGUCAAGCAGCAUCUCUGGAGAAAAAAAUGGGUGAUGUUUUGGGCUGGUACUCUACUUCAUAUUUUAAAUGUCGCCCAUCCAUUCCUUCUCUUCAGAGAUGCUGCCUGUCCCGCUGAGUUACUCCAGCAUUUUAUGCCUAUCUUCAAUUUAAACCAUCACAACUAGAGAGCAGUCCUGAACUACUAUCUAUCUCAUUGGUGACCCUCGGACAGUCUAUGAUCGGAAUUUACUGGCUUUACCUUGCACUAAAUGUUAUUCCCUUAUCAUGUAUCUGUAUACUGUGAACGGCUCGAUUGUAAUCAUGUAUUGUCUUUCUGCUGACUGGUUAGCACGCAACAAAAGCGUUUCCCUGUACCUUGACAUUGAUGGCCUGACAAUAAACUAAACAGAACUGAAGUUCGCUGCACAUGGACUAGUAGCACAAGAGAGGGGAAGAGCGAGAGAACAGCUUCUCUCUUAUGUGUAGGAAGGAACUGCAGAUGCUGGUUUGCAACGAAGAUAGACACAAAAUGCUGCAGUAACUCAGCGGGUCAGGCAGCAUCUCCGGUUAAAAUAAAAUCACCAGAGAUGCUGUCUGUCCCGCUGAGUUACUCCAGAAUUUCAGUGUCUAUAUUUGGAGCACAACCAGCAUCUAUCUGCAGUUCCUUCCUACACAGUCUUGUCUUAUCUCCCCUGCCCAUGAAGGUCGUCUGACGUGUUUCUCAAAUGAGAAGCCCCGGUCCGGUCCAGAGCAAUGUGCCAGUGUCCGGGUUUUCGCGGCUGUCGUGCUACCUCGGGACAGAGAGAAGUGACUAAAGUGCUGGGGGAAGUUGAACUGUGCAAGUUCUCCCGGCUAUUUCUGCCUGUGUGGGUCGCGAAGUGGCUUCUCGGAUGUAGCCGAGGAUAGGACUGCAGCCCUGGGUGGAACGGUGUUAUGCAUUUCUCCUUCAAUGAGGAAGACAUUAAGAAACAGCGAUUCACCAGGACUCUUAGUUUUGAUGUUGAGAAUGGCCCGUCUCCAGCUCGGAGUCCGAUGGAUGCACAAGCGAGUCCAGGACUGGUCAUUCAUCCCCAGAGCCAGCGCCGAGAGUCAUUCCUCUAUCGGUCGGACAGCGACUACGACAUCUCACCCAAAGCAAUGUCUCGAAAUUCCUCCGUGAACAGUGAUGUUCAUACCGAGGACCUUAUCGUCACACCUUUCGCACAGAUCCUAGCGAGUUUGCGCAGUGUGAGGAACAACUUCACUGUCCUGGCCAACACACAGGGUCCUCCAAACAAGAGGUCUCCUGUGGCACCGCAGCCUGCACUCUGUACCCUAUCAGAUGAAACGUACCAGCAGCUGGCGAAGGAAACGCUGGAGGAGUUGGACUGGUGUCUGGACCAGCUGGAGACCAUCCAGACCUACCGGUCGGUCAGCGAGAUGGCCUCGAACAAGUUUAAGAGGAUGCUGAACCGGGAGCUGACCCACCUCUCAGAGAUGAGCCGGUCUGGCAACCAGGUGUCAGAGUAUAUUGCCAGCACCUUCCUUGACAAUCAGAACGAGGUGGAUAUCCCACCGCCCACCCCGAAGGAACGGGAGAAGAAAUCGAAGCAGCCCAUGUGCCAGAUCAGCGGCGUGAAGAAACUGACCCACAGCUGCAGCCUGAAGGUCACCAACUCGUCCAUCCCCAGGUUGGGAGUGAAGACCCAGCAGGAAGAAGCACUCAUCACGGAACUGAAUGACUUGAACAAAUGGGGCCUUAACAUAUUCCGGGUAUCUGAGUUCUCCAACAACAGGCCGCUCAGCUGCAUCAUGUACGCCAUCUUCCAGGAGAGGAAUUUGUUGAAGACGUUCCAGAUCCCAGUGGACACGUUCCUCACCUACAUCAUGACGCUGGAGGACCAUUACCAUGCCGACGUGGCGUACCACAACAGCCUGCACGCUGCCGACGUCACCCAGUCCACACACGUACUGCUCUCAACACCCGCCCUCGAGGCUGUCUUCACGGACCUGGAAACCCUCGCUGCUCUGUUUGCCGCCGCCAUUCAUGAUGUGGAUCACCCGGGUGUCUCCAACCAGUUCCUCAUCAACACCAACUCGGAGCUGGCCCUGAUGUACAACGACGAGUCCGUGCUGGAGAACCACCACCUGGCCGUGGGCUUCAAGCUCCUUCAGGAGGAAAACUGCGACAUCUUCCAAAAUCUCCCCAAACGCCAGCGGCAGAACCUACGCAAAAUGGUCAUCGAUAUGGUGCUGGCCACAGACAUGUCCAAACACAUGACGCUGCUGGCAGACCUGAAGACCAUGGUGGAGACCAAGAAGGUGACCAGCUCCGGGGUCCUGCUGCUCGACAACUACACGGACCGCAUGCAGGUGAUGAGGAACAUGGUCCACUGCGCUGACCUGAGUAACCCCACCAAGCCUCUGGAGCUGUAUCGGCAGUGGACUGACCGCAUCCUGGAGGAGUUCUUCCGUCAGGGCGACCGUGAGCGUGAGCGAGGGAUGGAGAUCAGCCCCAUGUGUGAUAAACACACUGCCUCGGUGGAGAAGUCACAGGUGGGUUUCAUUGACUACAUUGUCCACCCUCUGUGGGAGACGUGGGGCGACCUGGUGCACCCCGAUGCCCAGGAUAUCCUGGACACACUGGAAGACAACCGCUACUGGUACCAGAGUAUGAUCGCUCAGAGCCCAUCGCCACCACCAGAUGAGCCGGGCCGCGGAGAGGAGACGUGCACAGACAAGUUCCAGUUUGAGCUGACGCUGGAGGAGGAGGAGCCGGAUCCAUCGGACAAGGAGCGGAACAGCGCUGGGGAGGAGGACGCGGGCUGGCAGAGCUCGGAGGAGUUGGUGGCUGGCACCGUGGGGGCAGGAGGAGAGACGGGGUUGGAUCCCAAUGGCAAGGACUCAUCGCCCGCGGAGACAUAAUACGGAAGGUCAGCGUGCGCGGGACUGACCACGCGGAUGGAGCUUGUCUUUUUCUGGAGACGUGCGAGCCAACUGUAGAUCGGGAGCCAGGCCCGUGGGCCUGAUUCUGCCAUCAGCGCGCCCCCCGAAACACUCAGGAAACUCAGAGCGGCAAGGGGCCGGAGAUCACAGCCAUUCUUUGCCCGCUUUGGACAACAGCACGGGUAAAUGGGGCGAGGGAAAGGAGGCUUCGAAACAACAUUCACCACCCACCCUCUCGCCCUACCCCCCCCCCCC